AUGUCAACAACAAGCAGUCUCGAAUCAUGGAAAGGCAAUCGCAAAAAGACCCUUGUGCCUCUCGCAGCCGCUGGUCUCGCCCUGCUCCUCUGCUUCCUCAGCAACAUGUCUCUCCUCUUCGGCGCCGGCUUUGAGCAGCGCUAUCGCACCCACGCGCUCAACGCCCUCUCGUCCGCCUACGACGCCAUGAAGGGCGACACAUUUCCCACCCUGACGUUCCAGGACCCCUCGUCGCGGUACGCACAACCUGGCGACGUACAAGACGCCGUGUGCAAGGACGGCUACUGGGCAGCCAUGUACGUCCACCCGGGCGCCUCCUCCCGCCUCACCGACGCUGUGGCCGGCUCUUCCUCUUCUGCCAUGCAGUACAACCCCAACGACACAAUCUCCUACAUCUACAAUGCAGCGCGCUACGCCAACAUGGCCGACGGCCUCAUCCGCUCCAACCUCGAGGCCCUCAUCGCCGCCUCUAGGGGCACAUGGUACCAAACCGACGCUGGCCAGUCCGCCCUCGCCCAGCUCAACGCUUCGAACCCGGCCGCCGUCCAGGCCUAUCUCAACCCCAUCCGACCCAGCCCCGAGAUCCUCACGCCCACGCCGCAGGGCGCACGGGCCUACUACAACACCCUCAACGUCGUCUUCCCCAUCCUGCUCGCCUUCUUCUUCCUCCUCGCCGUCAACGGCAUCAUGGGCAGCACGGGUAUCCUCGCCCGCCUCCACUGGCGCGACAUCUGGGUCAUGCGCUUCGUCAUCGCCAAGGUCUACACGUUCCUCGCCGCCCUCGUCAUCGCCGGCUACAUCUGGGCCUUUCGCGAGGACUGGGCCGUCUCGGCCUCGGCCUUCCCCAAGACGUGGAUGAUCAUCUGGUUCCAGAUGGACAUCAACUGGCAGGUCUUUGACUCCCUCAUCGGCUCCUUCCUGCCCCUCCCGGCCGCCCCGUUCUUCAUGCUGACAUGGGUGCUGGCCAACGUCUCCAGCGCGGCGAACCCCCUGCUCCUGGCACCGGGCUUCUACAGGGCUGGGUAUGCCAUGCCCGGGUACAAUAUCUACUCCCUCGAGGUGCGGGCCUGGACGGGCUGCACGCGUACUCUACAUAUCAACCUGCCCGUGUUGUUUACCUGGUGGCUGCUGGGGCUGGUGGGCACUGUCGUGUCCGCGCGCAAGCAGUGUGCAGAUGCGAGAAGAGUUGCGGAGCAGGCGGACCGCAGUGUGGUAGAGGAGAAGAGUUCUGGCGAGGCUUGA